UUCUACAAAUUCGUAAGGGUAAUUAUGCCCGGAAGCUUCGCUUGCAAAUGCGAAUCACAAAAACCGAUAUUCAAACAAACAAGAAAAUUGCACGUAAAUAUCUCACUUGAUUUGCAGUUCGAUAUAUAUAAAAUGUAAAAUGCAAUGCAGUAACGCAAGAAAUGUAGGAAAUAGGAAAAGGAAGAAAAGUUGGGGCUGAUAAAGCGAUGCUUAAAUUCGCGGAUAUUUGUCGAGUACAUAAAACGAGGGAGAGCUAAACAUGACAUGCGAUAAGGAUGUGAUAUUCAAAUCGUUUGGUAAUAAUUGGUAUAAAUUCAAGGAAGAAUCGAAUCUGGUCACAGAACGAUCGAAAACGAUAUUAGAUCAAUUAUUUACUAACAACAUAAUUUUUUAUUCUAAAGGAUCAACGAUAUCUUUCAUAAGAUUAAAGGUUAAAGAUUAUCUCUCGCGGUUGUUAUAUUUGCCGAUCGUUCGAUAUAGAAAUUCAUUUUCCUUUUCUUUACGCAAGGAAGCGAAACGUAAGGGUGAUAGAGAAAAAGAGGUAAAGUGCGCGAAAAAAGGGUGAAAGGAAAAGACAAAAAAUGGCAGGGGGUAAGAAAGCAGUACCAGGAAAGUUACGACAAUUAUUCGUAGGGGUGGUCGCAAAUAUUUCGAGUUUAUCGGUCGGAACAAUGAUCGGCUGGUUGUCACCGUCGAUACCGCAACUUCAAAGCGACAAUCCGCCUGUGGGUAAAGAACCCAUGACGGACGAAGCCGCGUCUUGGUUGACGGGGAUCACGUGUAUAACGGCGGCUUUCGUCAGCCUGAUGGUCGGCACAUUAGCGGAGAGAUACGGACGAAAAGUUACCGGUUGUCUGAUGGGUAUACCUCUUUGUGCUACUUGGUUGUGCACCAUCUUUGCAACGGAACAUUGGCAUCUGUUCGUCGCGCGUUUCUUCUCGGGCAUGAGCGCCGGAAUGGCUUUGUUUUUGAUUCCGCUCUACGUGUCCGAAAUUGCCGGCGACGAAAUCCGCGGAAUGCUGGGUAGUCUAUUGGUGUUUAUUGUGAACGGUGGUAUUUUAUGGGGAUACGUAUUCGGCGCGGUGCUCCCCUAUCGCGUGUUCACGAUCAGCUUGCUUGUAUGGCCGUUACUCUAUAUCGCGUUCUUCUUUUUCGUGCCGGAAUCACCAGUGUACCUGGUGCGACACAAUCGUCUCGACGAUGCUGCGAGAUCGCUAAGUUGGCUGAGAGGAGGAGAUAAGCUGACGACAGAGCGCGAAAUGGCGCGCAUGCAGAUCGAAGUGAAAGAGCAAAGCGCAUCGCAGAAAUCGAUCGGACUGUCGGAUUUGUUUCGAGAUCGAGCAACGACGAAGGGAUUGUCGAUCACGUUGGGACUGUUCGGUGGCCAACAUUUUUCCGGGAUAUUCGCGGUGUUAAGCUACACGGAAACGAUAUUCAGAAUGGCCGGAAGUGCAAUAUCCCCGAACACCUCGGCGAUCAUCGUGGGGUUGAUUCAAGUAUGCGGCUCUUGCUUGUCUACCGUGUCGAUGGAAAGAGUAGGUAGGAGGCCUCUGCUUCUUACAUCUGCCAUGGGAAUGGGCGCCUGCCACUUCGUUCUCGGGACCUUUUGCUACCUGCAAGCACUCCAAUACGACGUUAGCAGUUUCAGUUGGAUCUCCGUCGUAGCUUUGUCCGUUUUCAUGAUAUCUUAUGGAUUAGGACUAGGACCAGGACCGUACGUGAUAUGUUCCGACAUCCUCAGUCGAGACGUUUCCAGUCUGGUCAGCAGGCUUGGAUUGUUCUUUGCAUGGAGCAUGGCGUUCGUCGUUGGCAAGUUGUUCCCGAACUUCGUGGUUUUGUUGGGAAUGCACGGUUCUUUUUUUCUACUGGGUAGCUUCUGCGUGAUUACGUUCAUUUUCAUUUUCGUGAUCCUCCCGGAAACGAAAGGCCUGCCUCGGCAAUUGAUUUUGGAUCGGCUUAAUGGAAUACCAGAUUCGGUGAAUAAAAACCAAUAUGUCUAGUCAAGCAUCGUCACUGAAGAAA